UGGGAUUUAUUUUUGGAAUGCCAUGGCGUCUGUUCCUUCCAUUUGUAGGAAGGGGGGUCGAGUUGAGCAUAGCAUGAACCUGCUGCUCUAACACUCUGGGCUGGGACAAGCAGGCAGCAGCCGGCCGGCCGCCCCCCAAGCAGCAGUCGGACAGGGGAACCUGUCUGGAGCGCUUUGGACAUUGGCAACAAGUUUUUACCUGGGUGCUGCAGCGCUCAUGGCUGUUGCUUUUAUUGCUGUCACCCAGCCGGGCCUGCUUUCCCAGCAGUACCCUCCAACCCUGCUGCCCAAGCCUGGAAAGGACAACGUUCGGCUUCAAAAGCUGCUCAAGAGAACAGCUAAGAAAAAUGUCUCUGCUCAGGCGGCGCAGUCCGCAGCACCUUUUCGCUCCAGCCUUUCCCCUGUGAAUGAAGCAAGUCCUGACCUCGAGCACAGUGACCACUCCACCCCUCCCCGGACUCCAGAGACACCAUCCAACAUUUUCGGCAUCCAGCAGCCUCCACGGUUCACUGUCAGGCCACUUUAUCAACAUGUGGCUUCCCCUUACCCUCAGCGUGCAGCUUAUGGCAGAGCAGCAAGGUUCUCUCCUCAGACAGUGGCAUUCCCAUCAUACUCUUACUCGCAGCAUGUCACCACAGUUCCUUCGUAUUCACCAUUGGCCAACCUUUCUGGAGUCUCCCCAGUUCUCGGGCCAGUUGCCCAACAGGCAAUACCCAAAAUAUCUCUAUCACCUUAUAUUGUACCUGAGGUGACAAAGCCAGCUGCUGAGCUGAAAAAGCCAGCUUUAAGCACAUUUGCUGAAAAUCAUGCUGGUCUAAGACCUGCUGCUGCUGCAGCAACUCCACAGCCAAAACCCAAGAGUCGAGGUCUAACUCCAUAUUCAACUGCAGGAGGUCAAGCUUUGAUUCGACCUCUUACUGUGUUGACCCCGUUCAUCAAAUCCAAAAGUCCUCGUCCAACUUUUAGAGCAACUGAACCCUCAAAGUCACCCAAACCGAUGUUUGAUGUCCCUCAAAUUAGGAUGUACACAGCGAGCACAUCUUACUAUGAAACAUCCAGAACCCCACCAGUGUAUGACACAGCGGAAUUAACUGCUAUUGGCAGCACGAUACCUCAAAAUAAAAUACCAAAAGAAACAAAACAAGAUUUGACUCCAGUGUCUGAGGUAAAAAGAAAUACAACGCAGACAUCUAAGUCUCCUUUCUUUGGCACAGAUCCCCAGAGAAAAACACCAACUUCAGAAAUUAAAAGCACCACUACAACCACAACAGAUGUUACAGUUGUCACAGUUGUAACUCCUACCCCUGAAAUGAAGAGAGCAACCCCAACAUCUGAAAUCAAAAGAGCCACCCCAACACCUGAUAUCAAAAGAGUCACCCCAACACCUGAAAUCAAGAGAGCCACCCCAACACUUGAAAACAAGAGAGCCACCCCAACACCUGAAAUCAAGAGAGCCACCCCAACAUCAGAAAUCAAAAGAGCCACCUCAACACCUGACAUUAAAAUAGCAGUUCCAACACCUGAAAUCAGAGUUACAUCGACUUAUGAGUUCCAAACAUCAAGAACUUCAACAGGACGGCCUAGAACCCCAGCAUACCAUGUGGGCCGGUCUACAACACCUGUAUUUGAAAUUUCAAAAGCCAAUCCUCUCUUGUUUGCAGUGUCACCAAUCACAGUAGAGCCAGAGAGGACGCCAAAUAUGGCUUCUGCUAUGAGCAGUUUGCCUGCUUCCAAAAAUGUGAUGACUAGUGAGCCUAAGUCUACUGAAACAAUAGUGAAUGGGGACAUUCUUUCAGAGGUGACACCUGAAGCUAAACCAAUCCAACAAAGUUUAAAAAAGUCAAAAUCAGAGCCUGCUCUGGGAAGACAAAAUAACCAAACUGCCCCAGCUGCCUUUCAUAGACCCAAAACUCCUACAUCUGAGCUAACAACACCAGCAAUGACUUUUUACAGCUAUCAGAGGCCUAAGACUCCAACUUACGAGGCGUCACAACUUAUGACCACAUUACAUGGCUAUAAAAGACCAAAAACACCCACUGGUGUAUCACCUGUAGCCUUUCAGAGACCUAAAACCCCAAGCCAGGUGGCUCAAAAGUCAAAAUCUCCUUAUCGUGGAUUGACACCAGCGGAAUAUGCUGCUUAUGGUGGAAUCAAAACUUUCUCUCCAGCAUUUGGUAUAUCGGGUUCUAAGACAUCAACAAAAGAAGGGGUUGAAGUUACAAAAGAGGAAUCAGCAGAGUGUAAAACACAGAGCAAAGAACUGUCUGUGAAAGAGCCUUCAGAAGCUGAGGUGUUUAAAGUCAAAGAAACCCCCAAAGAUGUAGAUAAACCUCAUCUGAGAGAUAAGGGGUUUCCCGCCCCACCCCCAAUCCCUAUUAUUGUUGUUUCACAGGCAUCUGACACCUCAGGGUCACCUUUUACACUACAUACAAAUACGGUAUCCAGUCAGUUUAGUGUAAAACAAGAAGAAAUGGUGAUUCAAGAAUCACCAAAGACUAAACCUCCAACAGCAGAUUUGAAGACUCUUGAGACGGUGGGAACACCAGUUCAAGAAGAUAUCAAACCAAGAAUAAAAACGCCUGAAACCAGACCUCCCCUGUCAAAAGGUGGUGAUCGAGACCCUCUGAAGGCAGUAAGGAAACUUUUAGGCAAAGAUAAAGUCCAGACUGCCGAACAGAAAGCUGGAACUGAGGCAAAAGCUGACCUCACACAACAAAAUGAGUCAGUGAAACCCGUAACUGCCACUACAACUAAAGCUGGAGGCUCAAAGCCAAGCUCAGCAGCCCCUGCUAAAGCACCUGCUGCGCAAUCAACAGUAAGUAAAGAUGAAGGGAAAAAUAAGGCAGCAGAACCAACAAUAAAAACUGCACUUCAGAAAAAAGAAGGCAUUGAGUCCCUCCCAGCUGCCGAGUCCCUUCUUAAGGUCAUACAAAAGCCGAAGGGAGUAAAAUCAAAAUUGAGUGGUUGGUCACGACUCAAGAAGCACAUGGUAGUGGAGCAGGAGGAGCCCAAAUUUCCAGAAACUGGCUCUCAGACGGAGACCACUGGGCAGGAUCAGAAUGAGGAGAAGAAGGCUGAAAAGUCAGAUGACACGCCUGCCACUCAGGACAAGAACCAUACCAAAGACGCUCCCAAGGCAACAAUGAUGUGGGAGGCUGUCCUCUUCCAAAUGUUUUCCACCAAAGAGAACAUUUUACAUCAGAUCGAAAUAAACAAAAACGAGGAAGAAAAGACGCAAGAGCCAAAUGACGAGCUGAAAGAGAUACCUUCAUUUGCAUACCGGCUUCCUGUGCUACUCUUUAGUCCGAAGUUUGAUGCAAAAAGGCUAAAAGAGGCAGCAUCAAGGCCGAUGACGAAAAUUUCAACUGUGUUUGAAAUGGGUCUGAUUGGGCGGAAAGGUAAAGAAGAGGAACCAAAAGACUUUAAUAGAACCGCAAGGGGGUUCGCUGCUCCUUAGGUUACAUCUAAUGUGAAGUGCCAAAUUGAAAAUGUAGAGACAAAAAGUUUAUGUUGAAUGUACAGCAGCAGAAAUAUUUGCAACAGAAAUUAUGUACAGGUCUGGAGUCUUAGUCUCUGUGUUAAAUGAAUGAUGGCCUUAACUUUAUACUUUACCAUAUGCUUUGUGUUGCAUUUAUGUGACUGAUUGUCUGGAUGUUAAAUGUUUGUAUUUGUGGAUUAGAUGGAAAGAGAGAACUACAUUUGUCUUAAAGUCAUUCAGACAUCAUAUCAGAUCAAAGCCUUUAUGUUUUAUGUAAUUUCAGAGCUUCUCAUUUGUUCCAUACAUCACGUGUUCACAAUAAAUACAGAUUGUUACUUUGUUA